UAGCUCCCCUGGCACUGCUCACCUGAGCCACUCACCCACCUCUCUCUCUCUGCAGCUGACUGCUUAACCAUGCCCACCUCCACAAGAUGGUAACAAGGGAAAGGAAUCCAAGCAGCUGACCUUAUGGCUGUGGAGAAAAAAUCAAUGGAACUAACAAUAAUACAAAAAUCUGACAUUAAUUUAUAAAAACCUUUUGUGCUUGGAAUUCUCCACUGAGCUCAAGGUGAAGGGUCAGCAACAUAUCAGCACAUUUGAAACUGGCAGAGAUUCAAGGAUACAACAGAGGGUUGGAUACUGGUUAACAUGACGGAUCUAAUGGUGUGGAAACACUGCCGCUCUCUUGAAUUAUCAGACUUUUGAGUCAGUCAGACAAGGGAUGGGGAGACGAGCGGCUGAUCUGACAACUCCGGUUCCAGUUUUAGGUGUCCCUGCCCUGGUUGGAGUGCGUGGUUGGAGGACAACAGGAGGAGACAGAACUGGAGGAGCCCUGCUGCAGACGUGGGGACCUCAGUGCAACGUUGGUGUUCAGACGUCCCCGAGGAUAAGCAGACCACCUACCCAGCACAGGGUACCGCUAACUGAUACACUCUCUACACCAUCAGAUAACAUUACUCAAACAUCCAACAGCUAUAUUACCAAGGAAACGGAGUACAAGGAGAUAUUACUGCUAACAAAGAGUGACAAGGAUAAAAAGGCUAUUUUAAAACAGAAAAGUGGGGAAUCCAAGACCAAAAAGGAAGUGACUUUCAAAGCACUUGGAGGUGAGGCCUCUAAGGAUGUGACCUGCAGUCAGAGUGAGACUUAUUGCUAUGCCAGGGCAAUCAAGACCAACCCACACAUUGCAGGCAAUGUAACCAAUGUCAGGCCUAAAUUGAAAUCUGCUGCCCGUUACACCAACGGCAGCGUGGUUGAUUCAGAGGCGAUCGGUGGAAUUAGCAUUGAUAAUGAUGAAGCAGAGACUGUAAAGAGUGCAACCUCUGAUGGAAGAGACCAAACCACACUGCAAAGGCAUUAUGCAGAGCAGUGUGGGAAGACACUGCUGUUAUCUGCUGCCCGACCUUUCGGUAUGCCACAAAAAAUAUGCAGCCAUUGCGGUGGGAGACAGUCUGAAACCACCGUAGUUGCCACUAUGGGGGAGAAAAGCCCUACUGUUGAUGCUUGUCUUGGAGAGAAACCAUUAAAGUCAGCCCUCAACUCGCUCUCGACUACCACGCAUUUCCAGAUGCCCCCUAUUGAGAAAAACCUUAAGCCAAGCCAUCAUGAAAUCUCAGAGAACAUCACAAACAUAGACAAAAGGACACAAACUACAGUCAAUCCACAACUGUUAUAUGUUAGUGAAGAACUAAAGUAUGGAAAAAACCCACACCCAGCAUGCCCAGUGCACUCUAGGGGCAAUUUGGUCACUUUGUCACAGACACAUGCUGCUAGUGAUGUAAAAUCCAUCCAACCCACAACCAUCUUACAUGCUAAAACCAUCACUGUCACUAAAGCAACUAUUGAAACAAGACAAGAUGAUGCCAGUAUAAAAUCUUUCUUGAAACCAUCACAGGACAGUCAGAUCCCCCGACCAACAAAUCUCCCGAUGACUCCACAAAUGGCCACAGCUACCAAAUCAAACAACCCACAUUCACACACUUAUCCUAAGCACCUCAAAAUAUCCCAACACAACUCUACACAACAUAAUGUGCCUCAGAAUGUAUGUGUAUCUGUACAUGCUACACCUGAAAAUACUCCACCUUCUCAUUUGUACACUACAGCCGCGGGACCUGGAAACACAUCCAUUAUUAACACACACAAAACAACCACAACUUUUUAUACUGCACUGAUGUCCAAUGAAAGCAUACCCGCUAAAGUUGCUAAUGCUGAACAUGAAACCCUGCACUCAACACAUACAGCACGAGGAAACAAAGCAACAAAUGCAAAUGAUAGCCCACAAACAAUCUCUAAAUGUCCCGCCUUAUCACUGGCAUCCAAUGCAUUAGAUCCCAUUCAUAAACCGGAAACAACUGCACAACCUUCACCUGCAAGUCCACCCAAUCCAGGUCAUAAACCACAAGCAAAGCCAUCCUCAAACGUCGACAGCAAAUCACCAUUUAAAGCGUCUAUUAUUAACACUGUAAAGAACUCAACUGGAUUCCUCACUUUUGCUAAUAAACCACACACAACUACACCGCAUCCACAUCCCAGCACUGCUGUCCCACAAAGUACUUUGAAUCAUAGCUCUAAUUCAGAUCAAAUUACGCAUACCACCAUAACACCUACUGCAACAAAACCCCUAAAAUCAAGAGCUAGGUUACCUUUAAGUGCAGCACCCAGUUCCACAUCUACAUGGAACAGUACUCUAUACAAAAAUAUAGUCCUCAGGAACUCAAACAAUCCCACAGCCACCACCUCCUCAUCUGCACUGACAGAAAACCAAAGUGAUGUCUGUGUAUCAGGUACAAUGUCACUUCAAACAGCAGACACAACACAACACAACAAAGAACUUCAUUAUGACAAUGAAGCACCACACACAAAUGAGCCUAAUCACACACAAGCAACAGACAACAGAACUCAAACCAAUAAUGAAUCUGGUUUAUGCUGUGUUAUUUCCAAUCAGGAAAACAACUCCACAACAACUCCAGUUGCAUUAUCUGAGCUGCUAAAUGUGUCAAAACAUCAUAACAGAGGCAGUGAUGCGAGCACCCAAAAUCCUAAACCAACCAUUAUUGCCAACACUGAAUCGUAUAUGGAUAAAAACAAUUUCAAUGGAAAUCUAAUCAAUGAAUUAGUUGUGUAUGAGUCAAAAGACCAUGAAAAUUCCAGUCUAUCACAGGUCACUAACCUUCAGAAUUACAUUUCCCUAAUUAAGUCAAGCAGCUCUUGUCUGCAGGGUUGCAUAAACACAGAACAACAAAAGCUUGCACAUUAUCAAGGAUACACAGAAACAGAACAUGAGGGACAUGGUGCGACACGCCCACCAGUAAAGACAGCCCAGGAGACGGAUUCAAAUAGAGAACAGUUUGCCUUGGGCAUAUCAGUCAGGCAUGCAAAUAUUAAGCUUAAAUCCAAUGCAGAUAAGCAGACGCAUCCCAAUUACUCAACACCCUCUGUCAUAGCACAAACAAACUGUGAGCCCAUAAUUUCCUCACUGGAAAACACCAGUGCACAUGUCGACCCCUUCGCCGAAUCUUCAGUCCACCAAAACUAUGAUUCAGAUACUUCAUCACUACCACAAGCACACACAAGUCCAGAGCUUUCUUCCACUGCACCAGUCCCUUUUAACAGCAAGGGAGAGCUUAGUACGCACACAGGCCCUGAAUGUAAUUCUAUAUUGCCGUCAUCAACAAUGCACUUGGCAUCCCUUACCCGCCUCCAGUCCUUCGAGGCAGAGGCAAUCGUCAGACCGGAUUCAAAGUUUAGCCCUGCUCCCUCUCAGCCGUGCCCAGAGGACACCGGCCUGGCUCACUCCCACCCGGCUGAUGCAGCCCUGUUGCUGCCUCCUUCCCCACAGUGCUGCAAAUCAGCAGCCCUACAGCAGAGGCUCGAGAGUGUGGAGGCCAGUCUGGCAGCCAACAAGGACAGGAUCACUACUCUGCUUAACAUUAUCCAUGACCUGGAGACAUGCCACACUCCCACCAGCGGUCGACGAAGCUACAAAACUGGACAGGACCUCAAAAACUGCUCAACCUGCCAGAAGACUGCUUGUAUUGUCUACAGGCCAAGUGGAAGAUAAGGAUAUUCGAACAAGACGUGUGCACCUUCAGAAAAAUAAAGAUACCCUGCCGGGGAAUGUCUUCCUGCCCAAACCAAUCAACCACUUUGAAAUCUGACAAGCACAGAGCUUCCCACAUGAGGAGUACCACACAAAGCAAAGUGAACUGUAGCAUCAUAGAAAAUGUGGAGUAUGACUUCAGGCAGCAGGAAAGACGCUUCUUGGAGGUUCUGAAUCAUUCAGCAAGAGGAAAUCAUGCUUUCUCCAUGCACCUAUCCCAGCCCCUGAACUUCAGCCUGCUCAGAAAUGUCAUCAUUAAGAACUUAACAAAGUCAAAGGUGAAAAGCAAAAAGCUGUGCAAGACCCUGUUCAAAUGGCUGCCCAGGAAAAUCCAGCAAGUGUAGACCUCUUAACAAUACCUGCGUGCUGUUUAAUAGCCAUAAGCCUGUGUUACAAGUGACCAGCAGAAGCCUUUGCAGAGGACUCUUGUUAUUCCCAUCCUACCCAUAGAAUGAGAUUACUCUGAAUUAGACUCUUACCCAGUAGAGUUCCACUCUCCUGCACAUUGUCAAAGCUUAUAAGCAGCAUUUUGUACUCGAAUUUGCCCCUGAUCUUUGUGACCUUCAGCUAGUAUCAUCCAUAAGGAAUUCUUUAUUUCACUUUUGACAGGUAAUGUUAUUUUGAUGUCAUCAUGCCUGCUUAAAAUGUAUGGCUAACCACAGCCACAGAUUUAUUUAUCUAAUUUUACAUAUGGGAUUCUGUUCUCUUUGCACUGUUAUGAUUAAUGCACUAUGAGUUCCAGUUGAUGUUACAUUUCCCCUUCAAUUUUCCCCAUACCUGCUUCUCCUCCAUGUGCAGUAAAAAACAAGGUUUUGAAUGGAAUAAUUUUGAAAUGCAAAAAAUAAAUCAGAAUUUACUGACUGUUUA